UUACACCAUUCACACCUGCUCACAAUGAAAAUUGUUAAGCUGCUGAGGACCAUUCUACUCUUCGCUCUAAUACGACCGGGACGUUCACAGUGCAGCGUGAAUCUUCAAGAGCACUUGGGACCGUUGGAACCCUUGUUUAUCAAGGAUGGACAAUUGUGGGCCCCUGAUGGACCGGCGCUGACUUGGGAAGCUCACGAAAGCACGAUAGUUGCAUGCAGCAAAGUAAAGUUCAUAAACGCAAGCAACAACACAGCAUAUCUCACGUGCGUGUCAGGGCAGGAUUUUCUCGUGGAUGAAACACCACUCAACUCGGUGGAGCUGCAAUGCUCUGGUCGAAUGACCGGGGAGGUCGAUGACACUGGAGAGCAAUGUGGAUCCAACGGAACUUUGUUGAAGUUGGGAUUUGAUGUUGAAUCGGUGGGAUUUGUAACGUAUAUAGAAUCGUGCUACGAUAGGCCAGAUGCAUCGGUUAUUUUUACCAAGCAUAUCAUUCCCGGAAAGGCUAUUGCACAUUCCAUCAAAGAAUCGUAUCGGCCUGCAUUCAAGGUAGCUGGAACGUCAUUGCACGUCAAUCCUGCUACCUCGUAUACUCAGAAAGCUCAAAUGGACAGGUUAACCGAGCUUUUAGGUUCUGAGAUCCAAGCCAAGAAGUUUCUACAGGGUGGGUCGUACUAUUUGGCCCGAGGCCACCUGGCUCCGGAUGCGGAUGGCGUUUAUAGAUCAUGGCAGUGGGCCACUUUUUUCUAUGUGAACGUAGCGCCACAAUGGCAAGUUAUCAACGCAGGUAACUGGCUAGUGGUGGAAAAUCUGUCUCGCUCCAAAGCUGGUCAGUUACAAGAAGACCUGGUAGUGUAUGAUGGAGUGCACGAUGUUUUGCUAUUGCCGCAUGCCGAUGGGCAAUCAAUACCGAUAACACUCGAAGCCGCAGGAAUCCGAGUACCGAAGUGGUAUUGGAAAAUAAUCAUAUCGCCCGUUGCUAGUGCCGGUAUUGCGUUCAUCACCAAUAACGACCCAUUCCGAGUUGACAUGCCCGACAAUGAACUGCUUUGUGAAGAUGUGUGUCAACAGUACGGUUGGAAUGAAGUGAGAUUUAAAAAUUUCACCCGUGGAUAUACCUACUGUUGCACGGUGGAUGGUUUGCGAGAAGCUAUUAAUGAUAUUCCUAGAGAAUUUCAGGUGAAUUAUGUGUUACACAAACGAGAAGAAUAAAAUGUUUACGCGAGAGUUUUAUCUUGUUGCUGUCAACGUUUGUGGCCUUGGGAUUUUUUCUGCUUCAAUGGUUAUACACUCCAACUGGAACUUGGACUGCUUUUUAAUUCAGUAUUUCUAUUAGAAUUUCGACAGUUAUCAAUUGUAAGCUUUUUUCUGCUCAUUAAUAUUAUAAUAUAUACUUGAAUAUUUAUCUUUUGUGGUAA